AAUGCAUGUAUGACACACGCGAGACGGUACAUAUCCUUUUUGGCAAAUUUCUCACGCGCGUCGUCUGUUCUUUUAUAAAUUUCUGUCCGACUGGUGCCCAUCGGAAAAUGCCUUGUUACGAUCCGCCACUGUAAACCGGCCACGUUGGUCUCUUAUAAAGGGAACCCACGCGAAAGCAAGCUGCAUACCACGCACGGCGGCGCGUCGCGCGCAAACGGAGCCGAGACGACUCUGCUGUCACGACUACAAUAACGAUCGCACACGCGCGCAAUCCGCUCACGAAGCCAGCCAUUCAUGGGGUCCCACGCAUCUCGUUGACGGCUGUUGAUGACCGUCCAAGUUGAUCCCGGUGCGUCGCAAUGCGCUGCGAACGCGAUUGCGGACCACGACGGCGUGUGCGGUGAAAGCCUCUCGGCAAAAUUCCUCCCGGCGAUCGGCGGCGACGAAGGUGGUGGUGCGUGUUGUACACGUUCGAUCGCAUCCAGUGUGACCAUGGUAUCGCGCGUCUGACGCCGUUGGCCAUCGACAGAAAGAUCGUAGCCGCGGGGCACCCUCGCCAAUCACAGAUCCACCAGACGUGGCUCGACGUUAGACCGUUGUUGCCGCUCGCCGGUCGACAACGAUCCUCUUCCUGCUUCGCUCCGAGGAUCUCGACCGACGCUGAGAGCCGGCCGUCGCAGCAGCAGCCAGCAGCAAAUUGCUCCGAAUCGCCGGGAUCGCGAUUAUGAAUUUUGCAGCGUUCGCGGACAACGCUACCGAGCCCGUGGUGAUCGACCGUUAUCUAAACGAUCGCUCGUUUGCCGAUAAGCCGUAAUUGGGAAUUCGAAAGGACAAUUGCGCGAACAUGGCGCUGGCGAAGAUCAGGAAUUUCAUCGACAACAGCCUGAAGACGGUGUCGACGCCGUUGGAUCGCACGGUGAAUCUGGAGCCGGAAAUCGGCAUCAAGAUCGUGCACUCGCCGAACGACAAGACAUUGAACGUCACCGUGCUCGGUGCCAGGCACUUGCCACAGAACUUUGGUUUCACCAGAGUCAAUAGCUAUGUCGUGAAGGUGAAGCUGAUUCCUGGAAAGGAAAAGUUCGAGACCACGUCGAGGAAUGAAUCCUGGCCACAGUGGAACGAGGAAUUUGUUUUCCUUCUGCGCAAAGAAACCAAGCAAAAGUUUGGCAAAUCAAAGGUCGUGGAGGAAGAAAUUAACGGAUCUAGAUUUAUCGUCGCGACUCUCUACGCGGUUCUCGAGGACAAGCCUCUGAUAGCGACUGAAAAGAAGGAUUCGGAUAAAACGUCGCCCACUAAAGAAUUGCCAAAGAAGGGCGGCAAAAAGAAGGAAGGUCAGAGCACUUCUGCCGAUAAUCAGGAUUCUACCAAGAACUGCAAACUCCUCAGCCAGUUCUUCGGCAAGAAUUCCGACAAACUCGCGGAACCCACGGUCGUGGAGAGAAGAGCCUACGACAAGAGACGAACCGUUGGCGCAACGACAAUUCCACUUGACCCGAAGAACUUCGUUUGCAAACCGCCAAAGUCGAAGCACGCCAGCGAUGUGUCCACAGGGGACUUGUGGAAACCACUACGACCGAUUGCCAGUGGUAUCUCAGGUGCCGAGGAAAGAAAAGAGAAUAAGAAGGGACAAGUUGAAUUGUCCUUAUGUCUAUCGAAGGGCGAGAAAGAUGAAGACAGUGGCGGGCAGCUAAUAUUGUCUCUGAACCGUCUGAGAUGUUCGCUUCAGACAAUGCAUGAGCACGAGGGUCUAAAAGGACAGAUGUAUCUGAAGAUGUCGGUUGUUGACAACGGUCGAGUAACACAUUUCUGGAAGAGCGAUCGAUUUGUACCGACGGUGUCUAUGAAAUUCUCGCCGGAGGCGGCGAGAGUCGUCGCCGACAAUCCGUACAAAGGAGCGCUCAACGACGUAAGCUUCGUUGUGAAGUUCGUCUCAAAGAAUAAAAUGGGCAAGAAGACUCCCGUAGGCCACUUUGUGAUCGGGCCUGAUGUCGGUGGAACUUAUGGCGAACACUGGAAGCAAGCUCUGGCGAAACCGGGACAACAGAUAACGAAGUGGCAGGCGUUUGAAUAAAAAAAAAAAUAAUAAUAAGGCGCGUGAGAAGUCGGCAACUUAUUCAACAUUACGAAAACCGCAGCCAUUGAACGACUUUCCUCUUAGAUAUCUUAUAGAGUCACAACAGCGUGAAAACGAGAGCGCUAUACGCUAUGCCAUAAAUAUUUAAGACACCGAUCGAUAAGGCUAUUCCAAAGAAUACCAUAGAAACGUAUACGAAUGCAAACGUCUAUGUAAAUCUUUCUUGAGCUGAACAUGCUGACGUCUAUGACCCCCCUACUGAUUUUAUAUGAGAAAUUACGUGACUUUACAAGAGGAAACUAUUUUUAAAUGCAUGAAUCUAGUUACAAUUUUCGACUGCACAUAUUCUGUAUGUACAAAACCUUUGCCAAUUUUAACCCGUCCUUGAUUCCGCAAAGGAGAAAACUCAAUGUUUCUGUCUGAAAUCCGAUCAAUGUAACCGUCCGUAAAAUAAGAACUGUUGUCUAUAAGCAUAUAAAUAUUGUCUAAGCGUAUAGGUAAAAUGGAUAAUCGUAACAAGUACAACAUAUCAUAUUUCAUAAGAUCACGAGAAUAAAUCGCCAUGUUACUUUAGUAUUAAUUGAUAUUUUGUUUCGACACAGACAUAAUAAUUUUUAUAUGAAUUAAACGCUCAUAUAUGUAAUUGCUUACGAAAGUGUGUCGUUAAAGAUGAUAUAUCUUUUAAUAACGAUAAAUUUUUGACUAGUUUUAUAUGUACUUUUAAUGCUCAUUUUUAUUACCGCGCUAGCUAGAAAUAGAGUAACAGCGAUCAAUAUUCGGAAUUGAUAUUAACAAAAAGCUAUUUCCAAUUGUGAUACAUCGAAAUAUUUUUUUAUCAAUCAUUAUUUAUAUGUACGUUUAUUAACAUAAAGUAUGUCAAUAUUAAGACCUCAAAAAUUGCAAAAUAUAUUUGUUAUAUAAUUGCACCGUACACACAGAAAAACACAUACUACCUACAAGUAAAUAUUACUUGUUCUAAGUAUUUGAUAAGUAUAUACCCGCAAAUCUACCAUAAAGGCAUCACAAGCAUCAUAUUUACUCAAAGCAUAUUCUGGAUCUUAGCAAUUUAAGUCUAGUACUUCAAACAAAAAUAUUUAAUUAAUACAAGAAUUUGGUUUACUUACUAUAUACAGUUUACGGGAGAGAAGCAUAUAUUUAAAUACAUAAUAUUCUUGAAAGAAGAGAAUAAAUUCUUGUUUUGAACACAAAACGAUAAGCUUUUCUAAGAUUUGUGCCAAGUCUAUCUUAAAACUAUUGUUAAGAAAAUAUUCUUUGUUGAAGAAAACUAUUACUUAAAACAAAUAAAAUAAAAUAAGUAAUUGCUUUCUUUGGCUGAUGUAGAAUGAUAUUUUUCUGUGUGUACUCUUUCAGACAUUAAGUAUGAAUUAAUUAGUAUUAAUAUUUUCAGUGCUUUUACAGUUCAAAUAAAAGAAAGAAUACCACAAAAAAAAAUAGUUAAGAAAAUUCCAAAGUAUUUAUAAAAUUAUGUAAUAUCAGUCAAUAUGUUUUCUAUAACUCUCUAUGAUUGUUUUAAAUAUCAUAAUGCAUAUUUUGACGGUAUUUUAAGGAAUAUUUGUAUGUUUGUAAUUGCUGACACCAAAAAGUACGCAUACAUUUUGUUAAAAAUAAUAUUUUUAUUUACUUCUGUAUUGUAUCUAAGACGCAGAAACUAACUUUAUUUAUAAAUAUAUCUCAUAUUA